AUGAGGCUCCGAAAUGGAACUGUAGCCACUGCUUUAGCAUUUAUCACUUCGUUCCUUACUUUGUCUUGGUAUACUACAUGGCAAAAUGGGAAAGAAAAACUGAUUGCUUAUCAACGAGAAUUUCUUGCUUUGAAAGAACGUCUUCGAAUAGCUGAACAUAGAAUCUCGCAGCGCUCUUCGGAAUUAAAUACCAUUGUGCAACAGUUCAGACGUGUAGGAGCAGAAACAAAUGGAAGUAAGGUUGCACUGAAUAAAUUUUCAGAUAAUACCCUAAAGCUAUUAAAGGAGUUAACAAGCAAAAAAUCUCUUAAAGUGCCAAGUAUUUAUUAUCAUUUGCCUCAUUUAUUACAAAAUGAAGGAAGCCUUCAACCUGUUGUGCAGAUUGGCAGUGGCAGAAGAGGAGUUUCAAUAGUAAUGGGAAUACCCACGGUGAAGAGGGAAGUUAAAUCUUACCUCAUAGAAACUCUUCAUUCCCUUAUUGAUAAUUUGUAUCCUGAAGAGAAGAUGGACUGUGUUAUAGUAGUCUUCAUAGGAGAGACAGAUAUUGAUUACGUACACAGUGUUGUAGCCAACCUGGAGAAAGAAUUUUCUAAAGAAAUCAGUUCCGGCUUGGUGGAAAUAAUAUCACCUCCUGAAAGCUAUUAUCCUGACUUGACAAAGUUAAAGGAGACAUUUGGAGACUCUAAGGAAAGAGUAAGAUGGAGAACAAAGCAAAACCUAGAUUAUUGUUUUUUAAUGAUGUAUGCUCAGGAAAAGGGCAAAUAUUACAUUCAGCUUGAAGAUGAUAUUAUUGUCAAGCAGAAUUAUUUUAAUACUAUGAAAAAUUUUGCACUUCAACUUUCUUCUGAGGAAUGGAUGAUUCUAGAGUUUUCCCAGCUGGGCUUCAUUGGUAAAAUGUUUCAAGCACCGGACCUCACUCUGAUCGUAGAAUUCAUAUUUAUGUUUUAUAAGGAGAAACCCAUUGAUUGGCUCUUGGACCAUAUUCUCUGGGUGAAAGUCUGCAACCCUGAAAAAGAUGCAAAACAUUGUGAUAGACAGAAAGCAAAUCUGCGAAUUCGCUUCAGACCCUCUCUUUUCCAACAUGUUGGUCUGCAUUCAUCACUAGCAGGAAAAAUUCAGAAACUCACGGAUAAAGAUUACAUGAAACCAUUACUUCUUAAAAUCCAUGUAAACCCACCUGCAGAGGUAUCUACUUCCUUGAAGGUCUACCAAGGACAUACACUAGAGAAGACUUAUAUGGGGGAGGAUUUCUUCUGGGCUAUCACCCCAACAGCUGGAGACUACAUCUUGUUUAAAUUUGAUAAGCCAGUCAAUGUAGAAAGUUAUUUGUUUCACAGUGGCAACCAGGAACAUCCAGGAGAUAUUCUGAUAAACACAACCGUGGAAGUUUUGCCUUUCAAGAGUGGAGGUUUGGAAAUAAGCAAAGAAACCAAAGACAAACAAUUAGAAGAUGGCUAUUUCAGAAUAGGAAAAUUUGAGAAUGGUGUUGCAGAAGGAAUGGUGGAUCCCAGUCUAAAUCCCAUUUCAGCCUUUCGACUUUCAGUUAUACAGAAUUCUGCUGUUUGGGCCAUUCUUAAUGAGAUUCAUAUUAAAAAAGUCACCAACUGAUCAUCUGCUAAGAAACCAACACAUUUUUUCCUGUGAAUUUGUUAAUUAAAGAAAGUUAAGCGUGUACUUUUUUUUUCCAACUUGAACACUAC